AUGUCUUCCAACGUCGGCCUGUCCACGCCACGCGGCAGUGGUACAUCCGGCUAUGUUCAGCGCAAUGGCGCCUUCCUUAAACCUCGCGCGACCGGCGUAGGCGCACCAUACCCACCUGUCUCCGGCGCCAACGGCCCUCCCGAUCGCGCCUUUAAACAGCGACUCCCCGAUAAGCAAAUUCUCGAACAUGACCGUCGCCGCGCGAUUGAAGUCACGGUCAUGGAAGAACGUGAGCGUCUUGAGGAAGCAAACGAACGUCUGGAAGAAUCACAAGCGAAGACAAAGCCCAAGUCCGCGAAGACGUCUCGACCCGCAAGCGAACCCAGGGAGGACGGGGAGGAAAGAGAAGAAGAAGAGGAUUCCGAAAAUGGACCAACCGAGCGCAUAUUGAGCGAGGAAGAGAUCGACGAAAGAUGCGAUGCCCUGCGACAGCGAUUACUGAAGGAAAUGGAAGCAGAUGACGCCAGUGGUGCCGCUGGAGGCUCGGCGCGAGGCAAGAAGGCCGCACCGCGAGAUCGGAGACAAUUCAAGACAUAUCAAGUGCAUGAGCUCGCCGAGGCAAAGAUUGAGGAAACUGAGCGAUUACGGAAGGCUUUGGGCCUGCAGGAAGAUAGGGAGACGGGGGCAAUUACGAGUACACGGUUCGAGAGGCGCCGGGAUUAA